AUGUCACCAUGCUGUCACAAAAUAUAAAAGUAUCCGCAAACGAUUCGUCUAAUGACGGUCUAGAAAGUAUUAUGCCUCAAUUUGUACUUUGUGUCCGAGAUUUCAAUCUUGAACUAGAACACAAUGGAGAAGAAAUGACGGCCGAUGAAUAUCUAGAAAUGUGCCUCCAAACAAAAACCGCUGAGACCCAAGAAGAUGAGAAAUAUAACAGACCACGAGAAUGUAUUAAGAGAUACUUCACACGGAGGAAAGUGUUUACAUUUGACAGACCAGCUGGUCGAAAAGUAAUGAGAACUUUAGAUUUGGCCAGAGAAGAAGACCUUAACGAGGAUUUUGUACAUGAAACAGAGAAAUUCUUGGCAUAUAUUUAUACUUGCCCAGGAAAAUAUCUUCUUAAUAAAUCGCCCGUAACAGGAAGCAUGUUAGCUAAACUUCUAAGAGAAUAUGUAACCACAAUAAGUGAUGGCAAUGUACCAUGUGUCGAAGAUGCUAUGAUGAUCAUGGCAAGACAAGAAAACGGAAAGCAUGCAAAUGUAGCUGUCGAAGAGUACAAAGUAUUUCUGAAACAAACACAGAUUCCGGUAUAUGACAAAAACGAAUUGUGUGAUUCUCACAUAAAGUUCAAAAAAGAGAAGUUAUCAAGUCUGCAGUCCAAACUGAUGUUUGAUACAGACAGCAAAUUCCAAAAGUCAACAGAGGCUGAAAUGCAAACACUUUAUGAACAAUUUGAAAAGCAUAAUUCAAAGCUUUUAUAUGAGAAAUGUAUAGAUACACUCCACAAGAUGCACGAGGAAACUGUGAAAGUAAAUAUUAAAAAGGGAAAGUACGCAACCUCUGGUGGCCACGAUGUCUACGACCAAGACAUGCAUAAACUAUAUGAUGAAUACAAUAAAGAACUAAAAAACAUAGACAUCGCUGAGAGAAUAAAGGCACAACACGAUUUUGAAAGCAAAAUGAUACAUGAAAAUAAGCUGAUGAUGACAGAGGAUAAAAAGUUGUCAGAGAAAGAGUCAAAAGAUGUUAUGACUACAAAACUAAACACAUUGAAAACUGAGUUGAUACAGUCACAAGAAAAUGAGAGAAUAAAACUGGAGACAAAACUUGAUGAUCAACGCAGGUUUUUCGAAGAAAAAAUGGAAAAGGCUAAAAUGAAAGAAAAAGAACGAGAAAAAAGAAAAGCUGCAGAGCAUAGAGAAGAGCUAAGAAGAAUGAAGGAGGAACUUGAAGAGGAACUUGAAGAUGAGAAAGAAAGGGAACGAGAAAAAAGAAGAAGAAGAGCUGAGAAAGAAAGGAUAAGACAAAGGGAAUAUGAACAAAGUAAAAGGUGUUAUUUAUCAUAAUGUUGUAAUAUCGUAAUUUUUUAACUUGCUUACCUUUUGCGUUAUGAAUGUUAAGUUGUCAACUGAAAAUGUCUUUUAAUUCGUUUGUAAAAGAUACAUGUACAUACAUAUCUGACGGAAACGUACUUGAUGGGUAACUCUAUUGCCUCCCCUUUCUAUAAGUUCACCAUUUGUAUUGGAAAAAUAUAAUAAUGUAUUUGUAAAUUUGUCAUGGUAUAAAGAGUAAGUAUUUUAAUCAUUUUAACUUUAAAAUCUGUAUAACUUUAGGGUAUCAUUCAAAGUGCUUGUAUUUGAAAUUGUUUAUAUAUUGUUCACAGUAAUUCAUAAGAGAAAUAUUUUUAAGUAACAGACGCUUAUAAGAUUUUGUUAGAAUCAGUAUCAAGAAACGUUUUAUUUUUAUUAGCCAAUCAAAAUCAUUGUUUUUAUUCACUGCAGAGAUGGUUCAAUCACUAGUAUAAAUAGAGCAUUCGCAGCGCAAAAGAUUCAAUUUGGUUUCGUCCGUGGGGCAGAUCAGAGCAGUAUUAUAUUUACUAGUACCGAUGCAUCUUAGAUAUCCGGUGCUAAAAAUAUCUUGCUGCUUCUGUGAAACCUCAUGGACAAACGUUCGAUAAAAGAAAGUUUAAGAAAUGGGUAGUUUAAGUUGGUUUGAACAUGUAUGUGUAUAGAAGGGAACGACGUAGUAAAUACAUACUAGUGUACAGAAAUCGCAGAUAUCUGGCACUAAGGACGUUUUACUAUAUCUGUCAAAUCUCUGAGUAUUUGUUUAGUUUAAGUAUUUUCAGAGAAUAGAUAUUUGAAAUAUGUUUGGUUAUGUCCUUGUAAGAGUUGGAUCGUAAUGAUAGUAGCAUUUUCAUGUACACAGAAUCUCAGAUAUCUGGUACUGAAAUGUUCUAUUGUUUCAGUAAGAUCUCGGGCAAACGGUUGAUUAGAAAUAUUAUGGUUGAAGUUAAAGCUAUAUAUAUAGUUACUAGUACACAGAAAUCUCGGAUAUCUGGUACUAAGGAUGCUAUAUAUUUAUAAGGCAAAUGAUUAUUGAAGAAUUUUUUGUUAUCAAUGUUUGAAUCUUUAGAAAGGAAUGUAGGAUAAGAGAUUGUUGAAAUGUAAAAGAAGGGGAAUGAAGGAUAGGUUUAGCUUUCGACUGGUAUUUGUUUGAGAAUUGUUUUUAAGAAUAUAAAUUGUUUCUUUUUGACUAUACAAUAGAUAAAUACUGAAUCCCUAAAGAAAGCCCAACACGGCAAAAUUGAAAAUGUUGCAGGCUCGGUUUGAUUGAGCCUGUUCAUGGACGGUACUGGAAAGUGCAAGUUACCGUCUACGCCCCCUAGCACCGGCUUAAGCAGAAUUCAACAUUUAAACAUGAAAUAGUAAAAUUUUGAAUUUAGAAACAUCCGCAGAUGUGUUCAUUUUGAAUAAUUUAAGAAGUGGAGUAAGAUUGUUAUUUUGCAGUCAACGAUUUUUAUUUAGUUAUUUUCCAAUCAUAAGGUUAGGCAUCCCGAGAAAAAUUAUAUAUUUGCAUUUGGGAAUCUUGUGAUUUUAAAUCAUUUUAUUUUGUAGCUAUAGAUUAAAUAACCGACCGCUCGGUACACGCUACACAUAUGCUAAUCUAUUAGGAAAGGAUGUACAUAACUCUAUGAUGAAAAAAAUUAAAAAGAUCAAAUCAAAGAUAAAAUUAUCUUAAAAAGACAUGGCGAUAUGUAGAUAUAAGAGAGAUUUAUAUGCAAUGCAUUUAAACUUCGGUAAUGUGUGCUGUAAAGUUAUCCUUCUUACAUUUUUAUGAAUAGUUAUUCAUGGUUUUAUGAUGUUUUAUCUAUCUAAGAUUUUUAUACAUUUAUAUGUUAGGUGCACUUAUAAAUGAUAACAAUAUAUUACAUUUUUGUAAUUUGAAAUCUUAAUUAUAUUUACAGUCUAUCAUUUAUAAAAAGUAAUAAUAAUAAAAUACAUUCUUAAAUGCUAUAAGUUUUAGGAAUGUUAAUUGCAUUAUAAAAUCAUAAUGUAUUAAUAUUAAGAAACAUUGCGCAGUAUUUUAACUGACACUUAGAGUAGAGUUGAUACAAGUUGUUAAGGGGUCCUUUUUAACCGGAUUUUAACCCCUAUUUCAUCUUUAAAAUAUUGACCCCUUAACUGACAUACAUUUUGAAGUCAAUGUCAUAUUGCAAUUGCCUAUACUUGUUGUUGUUGUUCUCUCUGUUGCUGCUUCUGGUACUCUGCUGCUCUUUCUGCAGCUGACAAAAUAAUGGUAAAACUUAUGGGUCCCGCUAAGAAAUAGGUAAACAUCUUAUUAAAAUGAAUAUGAAGUAUUCAAUGCUUAAUGCAAAUUCUUAUUCCUGAAAGAGUCUUCAUUUUCAAUGAGAACACAGAGUUUUGGUGCAAGUUAUAAGCUCAGAGGAGGCAAUCUUUUUUUCAUACUUUGUCUUCAUUUAUGUAAUUCAGCAAAAUAGGCCAUCAUUUGUAGGUAAAAGAACAAAAUCCGUUCUUUAUCACUUUAUUUUAAGCACUGACAUUAGAUUAUAAAUUUGCAUACACCGAUGUGUUAAUAUGCCCCCACUUCAAAGAAGAGGGGGUAUAUUGCUUUGCAUUUGUCUGUCUGUCGGUCGGUCGGUCUGUCGGUCCGUCUGUCCGUAGACCAAAUGGUUUCCGAGUGAUAACUAAAGAACCCUUAAGACUAGGGACUUCAAACUUGGUAUGGUAAUUGGUCAUGACCAGUAGAUGACCCUUAUUGAUUUUGGGAUCAAGAGGUCAAAUGUCAAGGUGACAUUGACAUUGUAAGUAAAAACGAUUUCCGAUCAAUAACUAAAGAACGCUUAAGCCAAGGUACUUCAAACUUGGUGUGAUGAUUGGUCAUUACCAGCAGAUGGACUCUUUUGAUUUUGGGGUCAUAGAGUCAAAGGUCAAGGUCACAUUGACCUUGUAAGUAAAAACUGUUUCCGAUCAAAAACUAAAGAAUGCUUAAGCCUAGGAACUUCAAACUUGGUAUGAUGAUUGGUAUUGACCAGUAGAUGACCCUUAUUGAUUUUGGGAUCAAGGGGUCAAAUGUCAAGGUGACAUUGACCUUGUAAGUAAAAACAUUUUUCGACCAAUAACUAAAGAACGCUUAAGCCAAGGUACUUCAAACUUGGUGUGAUGAUUGGCCAUGACCAGCAGAUGGCCCCUUUUGAUUUUGGGGUCACGGAGUCAAAGGUCAAGGUCACAUUGACCUUGUAGGUAAAAACGGUUUCCGAUCAAUACUUAUAGAAUGCUUAAGCCUAGGUACUUCAAACUUGGUGUGAUGAUUGGUCUUGACCAGCAGAUAACACUUAUUAAUUUUGGGAUCAAGGAGUCAAAGGUCAAAAUGGUUUUAUAUCAAUAACUAAAGAACGCUUAGGCCAAUGUACUUCAAACUUGGUGUGAUGAUUGGUCAUGACCAGCAGAUGACCCCUAUUGAUUUUGGAGUCAACGAGUCAAAGGUCACAGUGACAUUGUAGGUAAACACGGUUUCCGAUCAAUAGUAAAUAACGCUUAGGCCUAGGAACUUCAAACUUGGUCUGAUGAUUGGUCAUAACCAGCAGAUGACCCUUAUUGAUUUUAGGGUCAAGAGGUCAAAGGUCAAGGUCACAUUGACCUUGUAAGUAAAAACGGUUUCCGAUCAAUAACUACAGACUGCUUAGGCAGAAGAACUCCAAAUUUAGUAUGAUGAUUGGUCAUGACCAGCAGAUAACCCCUAUUAAAUUUUGGGUCAAGGAGUAAAAGGUCAAGGUCACAGUGACCUUGUAGGUAAAAGCAGUUUCCGAUCAAUAACUAAAGAAGGUUUAGGCCUAGGAACUUAAACUUGGUAUGAUGAUUGUUCAUGACCAGCAGAUGACCCCUUUUGAUUUUGGGUCAAGGUGUCAGUGACAUAUUGACCUUGUACUUAAAGACGGUUUCUGACCAAUAACUCAACAACUCAAGUUGCCAUGGUUGAUAUUUUUAUAUUUAACUAAAAAUGCUUAUGGUAUACACUUUUGAAGGUCUGAUGUAAUAUAACAACUUGGAUGUCAGUAAUGAGGCCUACAUGAUUCAUAAAAAUGAUGCAUAUAUUAUUUGUUAAGAUUUGUAAUACCUUAAAUUUAUGCACACAACCUAUGGGGUCACAAUUAUUACUAGUAUUACAUUGUGACUAGUCAUGACCAGUAGAUAACCCCUAUAAUUUUUUUUGUUCACUGGGCCAGAAGUCAUGCAUAAUAACCAAAUCACAUGACUAAUUGGCUGCCGAUAGGGGGCAUACAAGUUUUACAAACAUAUCUUGUUAGGUCUAAUGUGUAUUUGUUUGUUUAAUUGGAUUUUACGUCACACCGACACAGUAUAGGUUAUGUGGCGACGUUCAAGCUUUACUGGUGGAGGAUGACCUCAGGUACCCCUCUUUGCAAAACUGUUUCAUGCACAAACAGACAUCUGAGAACAAUAACCGACGUUCCGUAAGCUAGCUUUAUUGUAUCGUAUAACACGUUCCAAACACACUCUCAUUCCUGAAAUGAUAUCAAAUUCAAAUGUACUUUUGUCAUAUCAUUAGAAAAUUGUUUAGAAUUUAAUGAAAAA